AGUCGUCCACGGGUGCCAGCAACAGCGGGUCCCCGUCGAUCAUGGCGCUGAGCGAGUGUUGGAAGCAGCUCUCCUGGUUCUACUACCAGUACCUGCUGGUCACGGCGCUCUACAUGCUGGAGCCCUGGGAGCGGACCGUCUUCAACUCGCUCCUGGUCUCCGUGGCGGCCAUGGCGGUCUACACUGGCUACGUCUUCAUGCCGCAGCACAUCAUGGCCAUCCUGCACUACUUUGAGGUCAUCCAGUGACCUUGUGACUCCGCCUCUCUGACCAUGACUCCGCCAUUAUGAUGACAUCAUAGUCUGACUCCUCCAUCACUUGCUGGGACUCUGCCCUCGCGGCUGAAGGCGGAACCUCCAUCCUGCGUGAGACAGUUAAUUGGAGUCUCUGAAGCGUGUGAACGUCUCCACCAGGGGGCAGCAAAGGUCAAAGUGGCUGCACCAGCCACCAGUAGGGGGAGCACCAGCUCUUAUUCAUGUUCCCGCUGCUCUGAUGUCUGGACUCAAGCCAAAGAUCUGUUCGUGGAGGUCUCCACUGGGUUUCUACUGUCGAAGGCUUUUAUUUUGAAAUGUUGUUCUGUAGGGUGUAAAUAAUCUUGUAAAGUUUUGUAGACGCUUCCAGAACAUGUUUGGCUUUUUAUUCAACUGUGAGAAGAUCUGAUUUGAUUAAAGACGCAUUCCCAUGUUCAACAGCAGCUUUGUGUGCGUGUUCCUGGACCUCGUGGCAGCAGGGGGCACCAGGUCUGCGCAGACACGUGUGUGACUGUGUUUGAAAUGGCGGAGAGUGCAGCUUCUGGAGACGAGGCUGUGGGACAGAUGCGCCUCUCGUCUCCUCAGCGGAACCUUGGGAAGGCUGCCAUCCUGAAGCAUUGUGCUGCUGUGCUGGCUCCAGUGUUCACGGACAUCUUCAGUGCUUCCUUGGUGUCCUGUCAUGUUCCUGCCUGCUUCAAGUCCUCCACUAUCAUCUCUGUUCCCAGCAGAGCCAGGAUCACAGGACUACGUCUGUCGUCAUUCAGUCCUUUGAGCGCCUGGUUCUCUCUCACCUGAACUCUAUCACUGCUUCUCACCUGGACUCAUUGCUGUUUGCCUACAGAGCCAACAGAUCUGCGGACGAUGCAGUGAACCAGGAUCCUGUUUGUAGCUCUGCCUUUAACAGGAUUCUCCCAGCUCUGCCUGAAGACAAGCCUGGCCAGCUGGAGGUGCCUGACUCCCUCUGCAGAUGGAUGACAGACUUCCUGACCAGCCGGAGUCAGCGUGUGCGGCUGGGUCUCCGACACUCGGACCCUGCACAUCGGGUCUCCUCAGGGCUGUGUUCUCUCUCCA